AUGUCUGCAGUCAAGGGCACGCAGUUGCAAUCGCCUCCUGCGGCUCCAACAAACAUUCAGAUGCCGCCUUCGGAGCCGGGACUUGCGCAACGGCCGCAAUCUGUACCUCCCCAACAAUUCGUCGAGCUUCGAGAGUGGAUUUCACAGCCCGUCGUGGCGGCAUUCUGCGGUGGCGGAGUUGCCGGCGCUGUAUCCAGAACAGUCGUCUCGCCUCUUGAACGGUUGAAGAUCUUGCUGCAGAUCCAGAGCGCCGGGCGAGAUGCGUACAAGUUGUCAGUCGGUCAGGCCCUGGGCAAGAUGUGGAGAGAAGAGGGUUGGAGAGGCUUCAUGCGCGGCAACGGGACCAAUUGCAUUCGUAUUGUGCCCUAUUCUGCUGUGCAGUUUAGCAGCUACAACUUUUACAAACGGAACAUUUUCGAAACGUACCCGGGACAAGAUCUGGCGGCGUUGACACGUCUCGUGUGCGGUGGUAUCGCGGGCAUCACAUCCGUCGUCUUUACGUAUCCGCUUGAUAUUGUUCGAACGAGAUUAUCUAUUCAGACAGCCAGUUUCGCCGAGCUGGGACAGAAACCCGCCAAGAUGCCUGGCAUGUGGGCUACCUUGGCUCACAUGUACAAAACUGAGGGCGGUAUACCGGCACUCUACCGUGGCAUCCUCCCGACAGUCGCCGGUGUGGCGCCAUAUGUCGGUCUCAAUUUCAUGGUUUACGAAUCAGUGAGGAAAUACCUUACGUACGAGGGGGAACAGAACCCCAGUGCCGGGAGAAAGUUGUUGGCCGGUGCUAUAUCCGGUGCAGUUGCGCAGACAUUUACCUAUCCCUUUGACGUUCUUCGAAGACGGUUCCAAAUAAACACCAUGUCUGGUAUGGGUUACCAGUAUAAAGGCAUCAUAGACGCCAUCAGGGUCAUAGUUGGCCAAGAAGGCAUUCGGGGACUCUACAAAGGCAUAGUCCCCAAUCUCCUCAAGGUCGCUCCCAGCAUGGCUUCCAGCUGGUUGAGUUUUGAAAUGACACGCGACUUCUUGGUCAGCGUGAAGCCCGAAGUGAGCCAACAGGCCCUGUAA